AUGGGCCGCCUGGACAUUGAUGCUUUAAACAUCGGCAAGCUGGAAGUACCAGCGAAUAUUCGGAAACUAGAAUUGUAUCCGAAGAAGGAAUGCGAAUCGAGGGUCUGGAAGAACGAGUGCACAGGAAAGGAUGGGGUGGCAGAGUCAGAGCGGAAGACGAAGAAGCAUAAAAAUAAACCGGGGAAGAUCAAAUUGGCGGCGCAAGAAGGCGAAGAGAACGAGCUAGGAAUUUUCUCACAAGAAGGAAGAACAGCCUCUAACGUUAAUCAGGUGACAGUUGGCUCUCCAAAUACCGUUAUGCAAACAUCUCAGCCUGAGCCUGAGCCAAAACCUGACUGUGUUGAAAGGAGCGAUGAAAUGGCAAAUGACACAAAAGCCAGCUUAAAUUCUAAUAGCAACCUUAAUCCACCGAUUGUGAAGAAAUCUCCAGAGGUGGAAAAGGGAAGUGUCGUUAGAGUGGAGCCUCUGGAGAGUCAUAUACCAUUGGAAGAACCAAAUUGUUGUGUCCUGGCUGGGUCAAUUCACCCCGUCCCUCAAGUUAUAUCACGAAUGUACAAAACUAUCAUGAACGUCAAUCAAGUUUUGAACCCCCCAAGAGACGAUGCUUGA